AUGCUUGAAGGUGGAGAGAAAUUUGAUUCCUCUCGGGACAGAAACAAGCCCUUUAAGUUCGUGCUAAGCAAGCAGGAGGGCGUCCGAGGCUGGGAAGAAGGGGUUGCCCAGAUGAGUCUGGGUCAGAGAGCCAAACUGUCUGCAUCUCCAGACUGUGCGUAUGGUGCCACCGGGCACCCAGGAAUCAUGCCACUCUUGUCUUCCAUGUGGAGCUUCUGA